AUGCAAAAACACAUUAGGCAGCUGUUGAAGGAAGGUAAGAAGGUGUACCACUUUGGUUUUGGUCAGGCCCCGUUUCCCCUUCUUCACUGUGCCGCUGAGGGACUCCGGGAGCAUGCAGAGGAAACGGCUUAUCUUGCCACGCAAGGUAUAGCAGAGCUGAGGAAGGGUAUUAGCAGGUUUCACAGCAGACACGAUGACCUUGACAUUGACCCAGAUAAUAUUGUCGUAGCUCCUGGAAGCAAGGAACUUAUAUUCCUGCUAAUGAGUAUAUUCAAUGGAGACAUUCUGAUCCUGUCUCCUGCAUGGACAACCUACCAGCCGCAGUCCGUGUUGACACAUCAUCGUCACUUCCUGAUAGACAGCUGUGCUCAGAGGGGAUGGAGGGUCACCCCGGAGGCCAUUGAAAAGGUGGUGAAUGAAAAUGAUCUCAAGCAGAACCGUCUGAUGAUCAUGUGUAACCCUGAUAAUCCAACUGGCGUGUGCUACACAAAAGCCCAGCUUCAUAGAAUCAGUGAGGUCUGCCGUAAGCACAACAUCAUAGUUCUCUCCGAUGAGAUCUACGCCAGGACAAAGUUUGAUGGGAAACAUGAAUCCAUUGGAAAGUUUUAUCCUGAGGGCACCAUUAUCAGCACAGGGUUAUCUAAGUGGGCCAGUGCUGGAGGAUGGAGACUUGGUUACCACAUUUUUCCUGCCGAGUUAAAAUCCUUAAGAGAUGCUGUUAAAAGUGCUGCCACUCACAGUUAUUCCUGUGCCCCUGCUCCCAUACAGUUCGCUGCUGCUAAGAUGUUCAAUCACACAGAACACUGCGAUGACUAUAUUUCUCACACCAGACGCAUCUAUGAGGCAGUGGCAGAGCACACAUACACUGAGCUGACCUCUAUAGGGGUAAAAUGUGUGAAACCAGAAGGAAGCUUUUACAUGUUUCCAGACUUUGAAAUUCUGCGGCCCGCCCUGAACCGCAGAGGCAUCAGGACGGGGGCGCAGAUGUGUGCCGCGUUGUUGGACGAAGCAGCUGUCACACUGAUAGCUGGUGGUCCUGCCUUCCUCCGCCCAGUUGAAGAGCUGACCACUAGGCUCUGCUUCGUGUUCUUCAAUGGGAAGGUGGCACUAGAGGAGAGCCACAGAAUUGGCCUGGACAAGCCACUCCCCAGGGAUUUUGUCAAAGAGUUUUGUGUGGAUCUGUAUGAGGGGAUACAGGCACUGAAAGACUGGGCUCUUAAGCAGCUUCAGGAUGCUCCAUUGCAAGAGAAUUGUAAAGAAAAUGGAGAUGCUUAGUAAAAGAAGAAAAAAAAAA